CACCAAAAAUGACCCUAAAAGUUCUAAAAAUAACUCUAAAAACAAUUCUAAUGCCACUACCACUACCAAUGAACCCAAUAAUUCAAAGCAUGGUUCUUCUAUAACUAUUGACACAAAUGUUAAUCAUGUGGUUCAUAAAGAACAACGAUACAUGACCAGAUCACCUGCUUCACCACGCCUAAUCAAAAAAAGAGCAAUUAUACGUAGAGCAAAUUCAAGGAUUAUUCCAAUUCAUACAAAAUACUCAUCGGAAAGUUCAAUUGACUAUCAAAGAUCCAAUAAAAAAAAAGAGGAGAAAACUGAUGAGAUAUCUAACGAAUUAGAAGUGAUUAAUACCCAGUUUCAAGAAACAUUGAAUCAAUUCUCAAAAAGGUACCAAGAUUCUACUGUGGUACUUGCUGAGAAGUCACAUCUUUUAAAAAGAAAUCAAGAAUUGAUGCAUGCUAUUGCAUCAAAAGAAGCUGAAAUAGAAUAUUUAAAAGGUGAGUUGUGGGAAGCAGGAAAUAAAAUACAAAAUUAUGAAAUUGAUAUUAAAGAUUUGAUUGAACAGCAACACGAACCAUUGGCUUUAACACAGGAGGAUUUGUUAAGAAUUGAAAAAGAAAUUAAUGAUAAAGGAGCUUUGGUUUCCAGUUACCAGCAAGAGAAUGAUAAAUUAGUUAAUGAAUUGAAGAAAAUGAAUGAACAAUUUAGGCAUUCUAAUAAUGAACAAGGAAGUCUAAUAAAUAGAAUUAAUGAACUUUCUAAAGAAAACGAACAGUUAAAAGAACUGUUUCAAGAAAAUAAAGUAGUUGUGCCAGAGUUUAAGGAAAUGGCACUUAAAGAAAUGGAAGGAUUGAAAAAAGAAGUGAACAAUUUGAGAGAUAGAGGAACAGAAGAUUUUAUUAAAAUAGAUGAAUUGGAACGAAAAUUAUCUGAAGCAAAUGAAGAAAUUGAACAGAUCAAUCUUUCUAAAACAGCAUCAUUGGAAAAACUGACAGAAGAGAUGAACAUAAUGAAGUAUACAUACGAGUCACAAAUUGAAAAAAUUAAAAAAGAAGCUAAUUCAAAGGAGGCACGUGAAACUAGAUUUAGGAAAUUACAGAAUGCACUUGAUAAAGUAGAAGAUAUGGCCAAUAAUAAUUCACCAGAAUUUGAAAAAAUAUAUAAUGAUUUACGAAGAAUACGACUUUUGCAACCAAAGAAAAGACGUAAAUCUUUUACAGAUGUUUCUAGUAGUAAAGAUUUAUAUGGGUAUAGCAAAGAGCCUCCCAGAUCUCCAACAAUAACGGCAAAAUCAUUAAAAAGAUCUACAUCACAAUCAUCUAUUGGUGGAUUAUCACGUUCAAAUGUUAGUCGUACAGCAAGUCCAACACCUUCAGUAGUAUCAAAUAUUAGUGCCAAGAGUGGAAGGACAGAUUUAACAGAAGAUGAUGCAGUUCAAGAGUAUAUUGAUGAAUUGAAUGAGAAAAAUACCAAAUUAGAAGAUGAGCUUAGAGAAAUAAAAGAAAAAUUUGAAAAAGAUUCAAAUAUUUUGAAUGAAGAAAAGUCUAAACUCAAGGAAGAAAUUGAAAAUAUUAAAAAAGAGCAUAAGGCACAAAAAGAGGAAUAUGACCGUAAAAUGCAUGAAAUGGAAGAAUUGCUGCUGGAGAUGCCUGCAGAUACGACUGAAUCUAGCUCUACUGCAAAUGUUAGCAGUCCUGUGCCACCGCCUCAACCUAUGCCAUCCAUUAAUAACUUAUUAAAUGAAAUAGAAAUCAAACAAGCAAUUAUUGAAGAAUUAGUAGCAAAAUUAAAAAAAAAAGAGGAACAAUUAGAAUAUUAUCAAAAUGCAUACCUUUUAAAGACAGAAGAAUUUGAGGAUUAUGUUGAAAAAACGCAAGCAGCACAAAGUAUAGCAGCUGCCGAUACUACUACAGCAACAACAGUAGCAACAGUAGUUGAUGAUAACAUGAAUGAUUUGUCAUUACUACCUAUUACCAGUGAUAUUAUGGAUUUGUUUGAAAUAUCAGCUAUUGAACAACUUAUAGCACAGCUGGAAAGAACCAUAAUUGAAAGAACUACAGAACGAGAUGCGGCACAUCAAAGAGCAACAGAAGCAGAAGCAAAAUUGGUAGCAUUUUCUAAGGAAAAAAUGAAUUGGGGAAGUGGAUAUGAUACAUCAGUUAAGAAAUUAAAAGUACAAGUUCAACAUUUACAAGAGCUAUUACAAAUGGAACGAAAAGCAAAUUUGAGAAAAUUAAAACAUGAAAAACUUUGUAAUCAGGUCGAAUUAUUAACCAGAGAAAAUACCAAGUUGAAAUCAGAACUAAUUAUUUCUGAAAAGAUUAGAGAAUUGACACAUGAUAACACAUUAAAAAUUUUACAAAAAGCAAACAAAUCCAGUUUAAUCAUAGACAAUAGUAGUAAUGAUGAUAUAGUUGAAAUAAAAAAAUCAAUCACUGAUAAAGAAAUGGAGAUUAAUGUUUUGAAAGGAAAAUGUAUAGGACUUGAAAGUGUGAUUAAGAAGCAACGUGAAUUGUUAGCAUCAGUUAUCCCAUCAGUUUUUAAUGAUGGUGAUAAUUCACUAAAAAGUGUUGACAUAGCUCUUUCCAAUGGAAAGGAAGAGGAGGAAGUUAAUGAUCCUAUAAUAGCUGAAGAGAUGGAAACACAAUUAUUAAAUCGAGAAAAGAAAUUACAAGAAGUUAUUGACGAGACCAAAAGACAUGGUGAAGUACAAAUAGAAAGGUUAAAAUCAAAAUGGAAUCUCAAUUCAUAA